AAUAUCAAAUAAAAUUACUACCAUAUAACCUCACAAUUUCGAUCAAAACCCUAACUUUCCUCUCGAAUACCAAUCUUUAACCUAAUUCCCAAUUUGGGUAUUCAAUCAAGAUCCAAAAGAAUACAAACUCGAUAACAACAUCUACACACAGAGCCACAAACGAUAUAGAUAUAGGAUAAGGGCACACAUUCCACAAAUUAAUUUCUACAAUUUUUUUCCUACUAAAUAAUUAUAACCAAAUAAAUAUUUAUUCUAUCCAUACUUUUAUCUUCUAUCGUCUUCCCCACUCUUUCUUCAACUCCCUUUUAUUCAUCUCUCGUGAUCAACAAGAAACAUCAAAAAAAAAAAAAAAAACAUCAGCAGUUGAAUAUGGAUGCCAAUCAGCGAAUUGCAAGAAUUGCAGCUCAUCUUCACCCUUCAAAUGUUCAGAUGGAGGGAGGAUCGGUAUUGGAGAGAGCGAAUUGCAGAGCAAAGGGUGGGGCCCCCGGGUUCAAAGUUGCAAUACUGGGUGCUGCUGGAGGGAUCGGUCAACCGCUAGCUAUGUUAAUGAAGAUGAACCCAUUGGUUUCGGUUCUUCAUCUUUACGAUGUCGUUAACGCUCCUGGUGUCACUGCCGAUAUCAGCCACAUGGAUACCGGUGCUGUGGUGAGAGGUUUUCUCGGGCAACCGCAGCUCGAUGCAGCACUUACGGGAAUGGAUCUUGUGAUUAUUCCUGCUGGUGUUCCGAGAAAGCCCGGAAUGACACGUGAUGAUCUUUUCAAGAUUAAUGCGGGAAUUGUUAAAACUUUAUGUGAAGGAAUUGCAAGGUGUUGCCCUAAUGCAAUUGUCAACUUGAUUAGCAAUCCCGUGAACUCUACGGUUCCAAUCGCUGCAGAAGUUUUCAAGAAGGCUGGCACUUAUGAUCCCAAACGCCUGCUCGGUGUCACUAUGCUUGAUGUCGUUAGAGCCAACACUUUUGUGGCUGAAGUUUUGGGACUUGAUCCACGAGAAGUUAGUGUCCCAGUGGUUGGAGGACAUGCAGGAGUUACAAUUCUGCCCCUACUUUCACAGGUCAAACCUCCGUGCUCCUUCACUAAAGAAGAAACCGAAUACUUAACAAAGCGCAUUCAAGAUGGUGGAACCGAAGUUGUUCAGGCAAAAGCUGGGGCUGGUUCUGCAACAUUAUCCAUGGCGUAUGCAGCAGUUAAGUUUGCAGAUCGCUGUCUCAAGGGCUUAAGAGGAGAUGCUGACAUUGUGGAGUGUGCUUUUAUAGAAUCUCGGGUGACAGAACUCCCGUUCUUUGCAACCCAAGUGAGAUUAGGCCGCACUGGUGUGGAAGAAAUAUAUCAACUUGGACCUUUGAAUGAGUAUGAAAGGGUUGGUUUGGAAGAAGCUAAAAAAGAGUUGGCAGGAAGCAUUGAGAAAGGAGUUUCUUUCAUAAGGAAAUGAAAGGGUGUGAGGGUGAAGUGGUAUACAAGUGUUGAUUCUCUUAUCAUGGCUUUGUUUAUGACUUCAUGUUCCUUAUAAUGUACCCAAUCAAGUUGUACCUUAAAUAGAUGUAUCAGAAUACCUAUUUAUAAUAUGCUAAUCUUAUUACAUCCAUGGUUUUAUAACUUUU